GUUUGCUUCUACAGCCCCUGCGCCUGCCCGGUAUCCCUCUCGUCCCCACGUUUCAUUCCAUUACUGCCUUUUACCAGCAUAUUGGGUAACAGGAUACUUUACAUAUGCAAUCACUAGUGCCCUCGACAAAGCUGGCUGCCCGCGCAUUGCGCCCCACCCAGCCCAUGCGCCGCCUCACGACUUCGCCACGCACACUGCAGGCGAUCACAGACCAGAGGCUGGCGCAGGUUCCCACGACAAAGGUUCCCGCGGGCGCUGCUGGCAUCAAAACGACGACCUCGCCGGCAGAGCAAGCACGGCUGGACGCCGAAGCCAAGCGCGCGCACGACUCGCACGUCGAGAAGCUUGAGGAGGAGCACAAGCGGAUGCUGGAACGGUAUGACGAAUCGCAAAAGAUCCUCGACAAAUACUCCGUCAUGCCUGGCAAGAGCGCUGACUAUAUGGGCAUCCUGCAGCGCAUCAACGACGCCAACCUGGCCGACGCCAAGGCGCACAGAGAAGAAGCCGCUGGUGCUCAAGAAGAUCAGCGACUCGUUCACGGAGACAUUCCUGCGCUUCAAGGACAACAGGGCACUGAGGGAGGAGUAUAUCAACUUCUACGGCGAGAUCCGGCUCGGCAAGGUGCUUGAGGAUCUGGACCGGCUGGCAGGCGCCGUCGCUUAUAAGCACGCGUCGGAUCAGCAGGGCGAGCUGGCACCGAUCGUGUUUGUCACUGCGUCUGUCGACCGCAUCGACUUGAAGCAGCGCCUCAGCCCGAACAAGAACUACCGCCUGGCAGGUAUGGUCACGUAUGUCGGGUUCAGCUCGCUGGAGAUUUAUAUCCAGGUGCAGCCUGUGACUGAGCCCGGGAUGCCGGCCGAGGCCGAGCCCAACCUGGUUGCCCGCUUCACCAUGGUGGGCCGCGACAAGUACACCGGCAAGUCCUCGCAGGUCAACCCGCUGCUGCUGGGCGACGAGAGCGAGCGCCGCCUGGUCAAGAUCUCGGAGCAAAUCAAGGAGCACAAAAAGACGAUUGCCCAGACCAAUCUGUACAAGCGCCCGCCCAGCGAGGAGGAGACCAUGGUGAUCCACAACCAGUGGAUGGAGACGAACAAGUUUGCGUCUAGCGGAUAUGGAACGCAUGUCAACCUACCGACAGACAUGGUGUGGCUCGACAAGACCGUGAUGGAGUCGGUGACUGUAUGCUUCCCGUCGGAGCGCAACGUCCACAACAAGAUCUUUGGUGGGUAUCUGAUGCGCCUGGCGCACGAGCUGUCGUUCGCCAACGGCGCCGUAUUCACGCACAGCCGGCCGUCGUAUGUGUCGCUCGAUGAUUUUUCGUUCCAGAAGCCCGUGAAUAUCGGGUCGAUCCUGAAACUCACGUCUCAGGUCGUGUAUUCAGAGCCAGAGAACAAGACCUUCCAGGUCGCGGUAUCGGCUGAUGUCAUCGAUAACCUGCAGAACAAGACCGAGCGCACAAACACGUUCUACUUCAACUUCCACUGCCCCAAUGGUCCUUGUGCGCCGCGUCGUGCCUCGCUCGUACAAGGACAUGAUGAAGUACUUGGAAGGCCGCCGUCGUGCCCAGACCGGCAAGAUUAUCUCGCGGCUGCAGACCGCCAUGCGCGAGAACCGGCACCCAGUAUAAGCAGCUCAGCAGAACUAGAAAACAAUAGCCUGUAGCCACCUGAUGGGACCUGUAUAUGAAUAUAGACAUUCGCUAGAUGAAAAAGUCCGCCCUCUAUGGUAGAUGCUGGAAUGCAAGAAUAAGCAGCCAGGAGAGCGAACGAGGCCUAUGCGAGCCCCUUCGUGGACAACGGACCACUAGGCUUCUCGAACAAGUGGGGCUGGAAGCAGCUCAGCCGAUGCCCUCACACAUAUAUCUGUGCAUACAGCUACUCCUGACCUCUGUAUUUGCUGUCUC